AUGACGGCUCCAAUGCAAAUUUCCGCAAAGGCCCCAAUCAUGCGAUCAUAUUCAUCGCAUCAAAGUUCUCUACCGAAACUUCCAGUUCCACAAUUUCAAAAAACUCUACAAAAAUAUUUACUAGCUGUACAACCACUUUUAACUGAAGAGGAAUUUCAACACACUAAACAGAUUGUCGAAGAGUUUGGUAAACCAGGUGGACAGGGUGAAGAACUCCAAAUGAAACUUGUACAGAGAUCUCAAAAAUAUGAAAAUUGGCUUUCUGAAUGGUGGUUAAAUGCAGCAUAUUUAGAUUACAGAACACCUGUAGUGGUUCAUUCCAGUCCUGGAGUCGCCUUCCCACUUAUGGAUUUCAAAAGUGAAAAAGAUCAGUUGAGUUUUGCUGCCAAGCUGAUAUGUGGAGCAUUAGAUUAUAAAGAUGUCAUUGACAGAGAAAAGAUUCCAAUUGAUAUGAUGGGUGGGCACCCCUUAUGUAUGGAUCAGUAUUACAAAUUACUAUCAUCAUGUCGUAUACCAGGGACUAAAAGAGAUUCCAUCGUUGUUUAUCCUGGUAAUAAGAGCAAUGCUCCAAGGCAUAUUGUAGUAGCACAUAAUAAUCAUUUCUUUGAAUUGGACGUAUAUCACAGCGAUGGUAAGCAUCUCACUAUGGAGGAACUCUUUAACCAGUUGGAAAAGAUCUGUAGUAUGUCACCACAAGCCACUGACCCAGUGGGUAUUCUUACGACAGAACACAGAAAUACAUGGGGGAAGGUUUACAAGAAACUCAAGAAAUUAGAUAAAGUAAAUAAGAAGUCGCUGGAGAAAAUAGAAAAGGCCAUAUUAUUAUUAUGUUUGGAUCGACCUUUGACCUAUGACCCAGAUGACAGGUUGAGUGCCCUAGGUCGCCAGGUGUUACAUGGAGAUGGUAGUCAUGGUAAUGGUGGUAAUAGAUGGGUUGAUAAAACAAUACAGGUAUGAAAGCUCUAUUUGUCAAUUGUGUUCACAUUGCUUUUUAGUUUUAUCUAUUCUAGAGCAGUGCUUUUGUGUACCGUAUAAUACCUCAUAUAAG